GUUAACAAGUGGGGCCAGGGCACCCUCCUAACCUCCACCUCGCAAGGAACUCAGAACUCUGAAACGGGGAAACGGCCAGGCCUGCUGAUUUAAUCUAAGUCCCGAAGUCUCCAAGAGAUCAGACUGCAGAUCCCAGUCCCCUGAAGUAAGAGAGGAGAGGACCACAGCAGUUGGAGGACAGCGCGAGGGCCAGGCGGCCCAAGAUGCGCAGGCCACGCAGUCUCGCGGACAAGUGACCCUGGAGAGCCUCCAAGCGCCCGGGUGGGGCCGCGAUCGCGCCCCGUCAGUCACCCUAGCAUGUGGGCGCGGCAGGGCGGCGCGGGCGGGCCGGCUGCGGGAGCUGUUUGGCGUCGCGGCCUGAGUGUUUGCCCAGCCCGCCUGCGCCGCUCGGGGCGCCUCUGCGUUUCCCUCCCUCCCUUCCCCGACGGCUUCUGGCAGUCAAGUGGAUGUGGCGGGCGACCGGGCCACCUUGCCUAGGCGCGCCCAGCACUGGUUCAUUGAACAGCAUUUUGGACAGGACAUUUGGUGCCAGGUCUCAGGAGCCAGUUUGCUGAAUUAUUGUCCCAGUCAGCCAGGAUCGUGAGCCGUUUGGGAAAGUUCGUGGACACGCCCAAGUGCCAGGACAGGUGGAGGCACACCUGGAGGCCAGUUUCAGGAACUUUUGCCACAGGUAUAACAGACUCCGGAACUGCAAAGAUGCUGAAACAGAUAUUGUCGGAAAUGUACAUAGAUCCUGAUCUACUGGCAGAGCUCAGCGAAGAACAGAAACAGAUCCUGUUCUUCAAGAUGAGAGAGGAACAGAUCCGACGAUGGAAAGAAAGAGAAGCAGCAAUGGAAAGAAAGGAGUCCCUGCCAGCGAAACACAGACCAAAGAAAGAGAAUGGCAAAUCUGUUCAUUGGAAGCUGGGAGCAGAUAAGGAAGUCUGGGUCUGGGUGAUGGGUGAACACCACCUAGAUAAACCCUAUGAUGUGCUCUGUAAUGAAAUUAUUGCUGAGAGGGCCCGGCUAAAAGAAGAACAGGAGGCAGAAGAGCUCAGAAAAUCUCGCACUGAAGAAUUCACCAACAGCUUGAAAAUAAAAUCACCGUACCAUGAUCUGCAGACUCCAGAUAACCAGCAGACUAAGAACAUCUGCAAGAAACUGGCAGAAAAGGAGGAUUUGGGGCAAGGAUCUAGCCCAGCACGAACUCUGGAAGAAGAGAAAAUCCAAUCACCCUCCAGUUCAUCAAGAAAUAUUCAACAAAUGUUGGCAGAUUCAAUCAAUCGUAUGAAGGCAUAUGGAUUUCACCAGAAGAAAGAAUCCAUGAAGGAAAAACAAGAUGAAGAAAUAAAUGAAACAGACGAAGAGAGAACGAAGCAGAUUUGUAAGAGCUGGAAAGAAGACUCCGAAUGGCAGGCAUCUCUGCGAAAAUCCAAAGCAGCUGAUGAGAAGAGGCGCUCCUUAGCUAAACAAGCACGAGAAGACUACAAGAGGUUGUCCCUCGGGGCCCAGAAAGGAAGAGGCGGUGAGAGGCUGCAAAGCCCCCUGCAUACUCCGCAGAAACCAAAAAGACCUCCCCUUCCGCCCAAGCCUCAGUUCCUAAACGCAGGAGCGUAUCCUCCAAAACCUCUUAGAAAUCAGGGAGUGGCAAGGACGGUAUCCAGCUCUGCCCAAGAGGACAUCAUCCGGUGGUUUAAAGAGGAGCAGCUACCACUUCGAGCAGGCUAUGAGAAAACCUCAGACGCUAUAACCCCCUGGUUCCACGGAAUUCUCACACUCAAGAAAGCAAAUGAACUACUUCUGAGCACAGGUGUGCCCGGCAGUUUCCUCAUCCGAGUCAGUGAAAGGAUCAAAGGCUACGCCCUGUCCUAUCUGUCGGAGGAUGGCUGUAAACAUUUCCUCAUAGAUGCCUCUGCAGACUCCUACAGCUUCCUGGGUGUGGACCAGCUGCAGCAUGCCACCCUGGCAGAUUUGGUGGAAUAUCACAAGGAAGAACCCAUCACUUCCCUGGGGAAGGAGCUGCUCCUCUAUCCCUGUGGUCAGCAGGACCAGCUGCCUGACUACCUAGAGCUGUUUGAGUGACAGCCUUUACUGGGGUCAUCCUCAUUCUCCAGCUGGGCUUUCCCCUGAACAAACACCACUAAAACAUUUAUGUGUGAAGCCAAAAUCACCGUGUAGCAGAGCCAAUACUGAUCAACCAGAAGUAUCCGUGGAGUCCUCAUUGACACCUCUCUCCUGCACAAAUACUGGAGUUCAAUGUCAAGAGAAAAUGACCUCUGCUCCUAUGCACUCUAAAAGUAAAGGGAGAAAAGUCCCAAUUUCAGCAACUACCGAUUAUGAAGGAAGGGUAUGACCUUAAUGAUGUACAUAAGAUAAAGAAGAAAUAGAAAACUUUUAGAAAUUAAGGUAUACUUGAAAACCAGUAUCUUUCUGUACUAUCAUAAGACCACUGCACUCCUUCUAUCAUCUGGAGGUCUUAGGGGCCUGUUGCUACAAAGUUCCAUGUUGGCUUUGAAAUGCUGGCAAAAAAGCCUGUCCUGGCUGAGAUGAUGCUUGAAACACACCUCACUUAUUGUACAUGUUGGAACCAGGACAUGAGAGACAUAGAAAAACAGAAGUCAUGAAUGUAAAUGGAGUGAGAAGUUUUAAAACAUAGGAUAAGAAGCUUAACAUACAUAAAGAUACAUAUGGACUGCAGGAAAGUGAGCAAAUGUCCCUGAGUUUGUUUCCUUGUUCUGGAGAAUGGGGCCAGGGCUUCCCUGGCCUCCUCUGGCUCUACUCCAGAGCACACCAAAUGGAUAAAGCACCUGCACAUGUAUUUUUUUAAUAAAUAGUAUAUAGGCAAGAACAGAAUAAGCAGGCUGUUUGGAUGCUACUUGCGGUUGAACUGUGUUCCCUUCAAAAUAUUGGUGAAGUCUUAACACCCCAUUCCCAUGAAAUUGAUCUUGUUUGGAAAUAAAUAGGGUCUUUACAGACACAGUCAAGUUAAGAUGAGGUCACACUGGAUUAGGGCAUGCCCUAAUUCCCAUGACUUGCAUCCUCAGGAGAAGAGAGAGGUUUAGAAAUAAAGGAAAAUGCAGCGGGAUGACAAACGGGACAAGAGGCAGAUUGGAGUGAUGCAGCCACAAGGGAAGGGACACCAGCAGAAGCCAGGGGAGAGGAAUGGGACAGGUUUUCCCCAGAGCCUUAGAAGGAAGCAUGGCCCUGAUUUCAGAAUUCCAGCCUUCACAACUGUGAGAAUAAAUUUCUGUUGCUUUAA